UUGCCGGGACAGGCGCAACGUUGCCCCCACAGCCCGGCCGCCCAGGCCUUGGCAGCCUGUCCCUGCCGUCUGCCCGCGCUCGCUGGCGGCCUCCCUGGCCUCCUGCCCACGCGCUUCGCACGUGGCCUCCAUCUCAGCUCACGGGGUAGGAUCAGCAGCGCCACUUGACAGGGUUCCUUCCAGGACAGAGUGUCCCACAGUUGGAAGAUGGCCAGGCCCCAGAAGACUGUGCUAGCCCUUCCUUGGAGAGAAGGGGUCCAGGCAGCCACUGUCAUGCCCAUCUUCUUGCCUAACCUGAAUCACAGCUUUUUGGACCAUCCCCUGGGCCAGGGGCUCCUCCGCCCCUCCCGACGGCUCUGCAGCCCCACCUUGGCUCCAACUCCCAAGUCACCCAAGAAGCCCAAGAUGCAGACCAGCGGGGACAUGUUCCCCACUGACUGGAGUCCACCACCAGUAGAGUUCCUAAACCCGAGGCUACUGCAGACCCACCGGGAUACCCCAGGCCAAAGGUGGGUGGGUGCUUCAGGUCCUCAGAACCUGAGAAGACUGCCCAAGGAGUUGGCGCAGGACCCCCUGGGCUUUGACCCCAAGGAGGGCCUGGGCUCACUGGAAGAGCUGUUCUGGAAUAUGGCAGGCCCAAGCCAGCAGGCCGUGACUCCAGAGACAGAUGUUCACGCUUCGUUUGCCUCUGGGGGCUCAGAGCGCUAUGUCAACAGCUUGGACUACUUACUGCAGGAGAAGAGGGAGCAGGCCUGGGAGCAGGAGCGGGAGAAGCUGCUGCUGCAGCACCACCCUGACUUCACCUCGGAUCUCCGUGAAGACGAAGUGCCACUCACCCCCGAACACAGGUGCCAGGCCGGGGCCUCCUGCAGGAUGCUGGUGGAGAGGUUCUCCGUGUCCCUGCAAGUCAUCCCACCUGUGCAUCCAGGUGAGACUGUGUUUCUGCCUAGGCGUCACCCCCUGCCCUGCAUUCUGGACUCCUCACAUCUAAAGCCACACAACCACCUUGAAGAACUGUUUCUCAGCUCCCCAGUGGCACAACAGCUCUCCUUCCUGCACAAUGGCCUCCUGAGCAACCUGUACCUGCACACCUCUGACUGCCCGGUGCCUCUGCUCCAGUGGCUGUUCCAGCUGUUAACAUGGCCUCCAGAAACUUCUUCAAGAGCCUUCGCCCUCCUGUGGGAUCUCAGUGUGGAUGGGCUCUUCUGUCAGUCUGAUGAAGACAUGCGCUUGUGGUACCCCUCGUUGCAGGAGGUCAUGGAGGCAUUCCACAGCCUGGGAGCCCACAACCCUGCCCUGUACCCACUGGGGCCCUUUCAGCAUGGCAGCAGACUACUGGAAAGCGAGGCCAGCCUGAGCUGGCUGGAGCAGCAGGACCCUCCCCAGGAGGUGGCCUUGGACCUGAGCCUGAGCUACAUCUACAAGUUCCUGACGCUGUGUGCCCUAGCCCAGCCGGGGGCCUACACAGACGCACACCUCCUGGGCCUGAUAGAGCUGCUCUGUCGCGCCAGCCUGGACGUGGGGCUCCGCCUGAUGCCCAAGACCGACCUCCAGCAGCUCCUGCUCCUGCUCCUGGAGAACAUCCGCGAAUGGCCGGGGAAGCUCCAGCCGCUGUGCUGUGCCCUCAGCUGGGUGUCCGACCACCACCACAACCUGCUGGCUCUCGUGCAGUUCUUCCUGGACGUGACCUCCCGGGGCAGGCAGCUUCGAAGCCAGCUGAGCCUUGUGGUCAUCGCCAGGAUGCUCGGCCAAGAGGAACUCCCUCUCUGGCAAGAGAAGAUGCAGCUGUCCUUGCUCAGUCAACUCCUGAGCCUCAUGAGGCCAUCAUCCCUGGGGCAAUACGUGGGCUCUGAGCCCUUGCCACCCUGCCAGGAGCAACAGCCAAAGGCCAGUGCUGCACUGGACCACAAGGUCUGCUACAUGUGCCACAGCCUCCUGACACUGGCUGGAGUGGUGGUCAGCAGCCAGGAUAUUACUUCAGACCAGUGGGGUGAGCUGCAGCUGCUCUGCAUGCAGUUGGACCGCCACAUCAGCACCCAUAUCCGGGAGAGCCCCCAGGCCAUGCACCGGACCAAGCUCAAGGACCUGGCCACCCAGACCUAUAUCCGUUGGCAGGAGCUGCUGGCCCACUGCCAGCCCCAGGUGGUGCCUGCUCCAGCCCCCAGACCUGGGAUGGGAGGGAAGUGGUCAGACUGGGCUGGCCAGAGCUAACUAGCCACAUGUCCACUCCACAGCAGCUGCUGAGUUCCUGGCUAGGACAAGGGUGGAGAGGGCAGUUGGUGGGGGAGGGCGGAGAUGCCCUGAGGGACCCUCAUCAUUCUUAUCAAGAAUCCAGUGCCUGGAUAUAUGUGUGUGUGUGUGUGUGUGUGUGUGUGUGUGUGUGUGUGUGUGUGUGUGUGUGUCAUUGUUGAAACAUUCCUCUAGUGUGCUCAAGGCCCUGGAUUCAACCCCCAGAAGGAUGGCGGGUAGAGGCCAGCCUCAGCAAUUCAGUGAGACCCUGUCUAAAAAUACCAAAUAAAUAAAUAAAUAGAUAAAAGUGAAGAGUAACUCAGCCCUGGGGAGACAGUACCAGUUUGUCAUGAGUAGUGCCUGAAGGGGUACCAGUGGUACCAGCUCUCAUCGCCCUGUCCACUUUCCCUGAAGACCUGGGGCUGGCCUCCUACUCUAUAAACAAGAGUGAUCCUGGGCUAACCUGAUCCCUUCUGUUUUCAAUAGCAGCAAACUUUAAUACCCAGAUUGUCACAGACCCUCUAGAUAAUGUUCAUAGUUUAAAAUUCCUGAAGACCUGUUUGUUGUGGUUGUGUGGUGCUGGGGACUGAAUCCAGGGCCUUGUGCAUAUGAAGCAUACACUCUACCAACUGAGCUAUAUCCCCAGCCCCUGAGGACCUGUUUUUGCAUGCAUGUACCUAACCCUCAUGAGGCAGGUGUUGUUGGUAGCCCAUUUUACAGAUGAGCAAACUGACCAGAGGCGCUGACAGGUGAGAGAGCUCAUCCAGUCACGUAGGCAGUUCUGCGAAUAUCAGAGGCAGCUUAGCCUGAUACAGGAACCUGUGCAACCUCUGCUUGGCACCCUCCCCUCUGACCUCCAUUUCUCCAACAAGCAACACCCUGCUAGGCUGGCUUGAGGCUCUGCUGUCCAGGAGUCCCCAGGCCUUGCUGGAGACUGCUGGGCCAAAGAGAUCCCUGUCCACACCUUCCUCUCAGGGCUCCCUGACACCCAGCUCGCCUCUGUCUCUUGUGUUCCCCAUAACCUCUGACUUGGGACUGACACGCUGACCACAGGCUGUAGCUUGUGUCUCAGAUUUCACAAGUCCCUGAGAAAGCUAGAGAGCAGACUUCACCCUGGGUCCUCCAGGAACUGGACCACACUAGUCUGGUGGGAAGCCGUGUGUUUGUCCAGAAAGGAAGGAAGAGCCAGCGGUGGCCUGGCAGAGCCAGGGUGCAGGACCACCUCUGUUCACACUCCUGGGCCUGUAGCCGUUCGGAGGGAGAGAAGACCCGAGCAAUGCUUUCCUUUGUGACAUUGUGGUCAGGUAGCCUGUUGACUGCUGUGUCCUUGUCUGGACAGUGAGCCUUGAGGGCAUUGCGUGGCUCAGAGGAGGCCUGGAGCUGACUUUGAGUGUUUGCUGUUUAUCCAGAGAGUCUCAGGAGAGGGCAGCACCUGGGCCAGGUUACUGCAGCCUGUUUUUCUCCUUGCCACAGGCCCAGUACUUUAGCCCCUGGAAAGACAUCUAAAGGAGCAAGGGCAGGGCAGCCCAGGGCUUUUGACUCCAGCAGGAAGUGAACAGGACUCCAGGAACUGCAGGAGGCAAAGAAUGGAGGCCAAAGGAGGUCCCAGACUGAGCGGCCUGAUGAAGCAGGAGCCCUCUCCACCACGGUCAGCUGCCCGCCAGGCUCGGCCACUCCCUGUCCCAGCCCACCCUUCUGCUCCCAGCCCUUCCCAGCAGCAAUUCCUCCCCAAGGCCUUUGCCUCAUGGCUCUGAUUUCCUGGGCCCUCCUAGGAGUCUUCCCCUCUCUCCACCCUCUCUCCUUGCCUCUAAUGUGAGGUUCCUUUGUGACAUUAAAGUUUAUUUCAGCAUCA